CUGAGCAGCAGGCUAAGGAGCUAUUCCUGAAAGAGGAAGGAAAAGAUGCGGUUCAAGAUGGGGAGCGUCCUGCUGUCUCUUCUUUUCUGGUACAAAGCUGUGCUGGCCCUGUCCCCUGGUGAGGAUGAGAGACUGGAGCUGUGGCACAGCAAGGCUUGCAAAUGCAAUUGCCAAGGAGGUCCUAAUUCGGUGUGGUCCAGCGGAACUAACAGCUUGGAAUGCAUGCCAGAGUGCCCCUACCACAAGCCCCUGGGCUUCGAGUCCGGUGCUGUCACCCCUGACCAGAUCAGCUGCUCCAACCCUGAGCAGUAUACGGGCUGGUACUCCUCAUGGACAGCCAACAAGGCCCGCCUCAAUGGUCAAGGCUUUGGGUGUGCCUGGCUCUCCAAGUACCAGGACAAUGGGCAGUGGCUGCAGAUCGACCUGAAGGAGGUGAAGGUGAUCUCGGGGAUCCUCACACAAGGCCGCUGUGAUGCUGACGAGUGGAUGACCAAGUACAGCGUGCAGUACCGCACUGAUGAGAACCUCAACUGGGUUUACUACAAGGACCAGACCGGGAACAACCGGGUUUUCUAUGGCAACUCGGACCGGUCAUCCUCUGUGCAGAACCUGCUGCGGCCGCCCAUUGUGGCCCGCUACAUCCGCCUCAUCCCACUGGGCUGGCACGUGCGCAUCGCCAUCCGCAUGGAGCUCCUCGAGUGCCUGGGCAAAUGUGGCUGAGUGCCCACUGGGUAGAGAUGUGCAGGUGUGUGCCUGUAUGGCCGUCCCAUCUCACUGCUGAUGUGUGCUGCGGCUACAAUCCUGCCGACCCUACAAACAGAAGGGCUUUCUUGAAUAAAAAAUUGCUUUACAAGACACCUGGUGAUACGGCUAAACCCUAAUCCGAAAGCUUGCUGUUUUUGAGGGGGCACACAGCAGCGAAGUUGGGUGGUUCAUUACUAUGCUUCGGUCCUGUGAGAUACAGUGCUUCUGAUCCUGGGUCCUAGACAAGGGACAUAGUCCUG